CACCACCGUACGGUGGCCGAAUCACAGUCACUCACCACCAUUUGAGGGAAUGUGACAAACGCACACCGGAUUCCUCCUCCUGUUGUACUCAAAAAGCCAGGAAGCUCUGUUUACCAUUAACAGUGCGCAGUUGCCAUUGGCAUCCACUGUACUUUUUUCUAAUUCUCGGACUAGGGUUUUUCCAAACCAGGAGACCGAAAGAUCCCAUCUUCUUGAUAGUUACACCCCAAUUUUCUUCAUCUUCUCCAGUCUCUCCAUACCUUUUCUUCUUCAUCUGUUUUUCUCUUUAACUGCAAACAUCUGCACUUCUUCUCUACUGUUCUUCAAAACCUUCAAUAUUCCAUUUCAAUUUCUAAUGGCAGGACAGAUAAAACGACCUUCUUUUUUCAUCUGGUUCUGUUUUAAAUUGCGGUUUCUCUUGGGGAAUUUCAUCUUUCAGCCCAGGAAUCUCUCCUUUGCAUGAAAGUCUAGUCGUCUCAGUCAAUUUCGGCAACUAUCAUCCAUUUCAAGAACAUCACACUUUUCUUUUUUUCUUCUUCCUUUUUUUUUUUUGGUUGUUUGGGUCGGUCUUGGAAUACAGUUUUCGCAAGGGAAGAUACCAUCUUUGAUGCAAAACCAACCUUUUUCUGAGGAAUUUCUCAAGAAUCCAAAUCAGAAUAUUCAAAAAAUUCACCUUUUUCAAAUACCCAGAUCUUCCUUUUGCCUUAGAAUAUGGGAUUGGAUGUUUCUCUGGCAUGACAUGCAAGAAGAAUCCUCUUUCCCACUAUUUUCUCUCUAACCCGAAUCAGUUUCUUCUUAAUUUAUUUCAUUCCAGGACAAUUUUCAAGCUGUUGGUUUAGUUAUGGGUUCCCCACCAGUGGUCCUCGAAAUCAGCUCCGACGAGGAAGGUGGUUUGGAUGAAUCAGAUGAUUCUCCUUUUGAUUGGCUUGCUGAGAUGCUCAGUUCCGAUAAAGAAGCAGAAGAAUCCAACGAUGUUGUGGUUGUGGAUGAGGUCUCGUGCGUCUCAACAACCCAGAAGCAGAAUUGCAUGGCUUCGGGCAUGACAAAAGACGUCUCCGGAGAUGACUCGGAUGAUGAUUGCUUGGUUCUGGAUGCUGACCCUGAUAAACCAGUUUCAAUUGAGGAUGAUAGAGGAAAUGGAUCGGAUGAUCUGUCCAUUGUCAGCGAGAAGGGGCAGGUAGCAUGCAGAGAUUUCCCUCAUCCUCGGCAUGACUGCGCAAAAUUUCCUUUCGACAGCACCCCACAUGAAAGGCAUUGCCAUCUAUGCCACUGUUUUGUUUGUGACUUGCUAGCCCCAUGUCUCCACUGGGGCACCGGCAUUUCCUCUACUGAUCAUUGCCAUUCCACCAAUAAAGAGGAAGUAUGGACACUUCAACGGGAAUGGGUCAAGCAAGGCAAUUCACCACUGCCCAUACAAGAGCUUCUGGAUGCUACCCUCAUGAAGAAACCAUCUCCAUGCAACUCAGAGUCAGCGCCCUCUUUCUCGGAACCCCUUACCAAUUUGGUUUCGCAGCACAUAUCAGUCUCCAGAUUAGUCGAACCCCAUGCCUCUUCUGCGACCCGUUUCGGCAGGCUGAAUAUCAUGAGCCACAGUAAUAACGCGCUCUUAAGGCCCGUCCAUGGCAGAAGCGGAUACACACACACUAUCAAUGGGCAGAGGGGGGUUGGAGCUGUUACUUUGGGCCCUCAAUUCAUCGAUUCCCGGCGGAGAUUUAAAAGGGUAGGAUCUCCAGGUGGUACUCUUACAACAGCGAAUCGAUUCAGCUGUGGCUUGAGUAAUGUCAAUCAGGACAAUACAAUACAUCCGAGGAUUCAAAGUCCACAAUUUAUGCUAGGGGAUCAUACUCGGAAAAGGUUUGAGGUUGUUCUUGGUUCUGUUGAGUUGGAAUCGGAUACCUUUCAGGACUACUGCUACCCUAAUGGCAGCAGCAGUUACACAGAUUUUCUGCGAUCUACUAUUUCUUCUCAACCUCAAGCAUAUAGCCAGUUUCCCACUCCACAGAAUGCGAACCUGAAUAUGCCUCAAUUUGGGAAUCCCACUGUGAACCAUGGAAAUUUGGAUCCAUCAGACAAUGUUAUGUGUCAAUAUCCCUCAUCAGCAGACCCCCCACUUCUAAACACACUGCCAUCCAAGGUGCCACCUGGCAUGCAGGCUGAUCGUCAGCAUCUCCAGAGCUAUUUGGGAUCCUCAGAUUUCCAUCUUGAUAGCUGGAUGUAUAACAUGGGAAAUCAGUUUGUGGAAAACCCCCGGGAUCUGCUCCUGGCUGACCGGGAUUUUGGCCUGCCUCAACCAAUGAUGUCGGACCCAGCUAUGCUUCCGCAUGAGUUGGGAAGCAUGUGGGCAGUCUAGCACAUGUAGCAUGGUAAGUUUUUAUUUUUUUUUUAAAUCCCACCAGUACUCUCUUUGAAGGGCUUUGCUCACUUGGGUCAUGGAGACAGUACUCUCUUUGAAGGGCUCUGCCCACUUGGGUGCACUCAGAGUAGGCCAUCUCCAAUCAUUAAAGUACCCUGGCAUUGAAAUGUGCAAAAAUUACAAUAUCCCAUUCAAAAUGCAUGUUGGGAUUCCCGCUCACCAUCCUUACGAUGGUUGGGGAUGUGUACACAUGAUCUCCUCUAGUUUUAAAUACUUAGUAAAGCCUUUCUUUUAGGUAGGGUUGGAAGCUAAAACAUGUUUAAUCUUGUUACAAUUUUUUUGUGUGGGUUUGAUACUGUACAGUGUGUUGGUAGAGGAAAUGAAUUCAACACCUGCCAUGAUUGAUGGCUGCACCUCUUCUCUCUAUUGUGUAUUGUUGUAUGGAGAAUGGGUGCGACCAUUGACAUGGUGGCGGAGAGUACUAAGAUAGCAGUUCUUUUUUGCAUACCGCAGUGGGUAGGGGACAUGAUGGAAUUGUGACAUUGCCAUAAUCAUCUGUACUGUGAGAACUUAGAAGGUUAUCUUCAACAUGUUGUUUCUGGACC